AUAAACAAGACGGCGUGCGACACGUAUUUCAUUCAGUCUCGUGAAUCCAUAAAGUAACUUUUAUGUCAAGUCGCAUUGCAUUGGACUACAAACUGAAGUCUUUUUCUCGCUAAACUCUAAAAACUCCUGGAAAAAGUUGCUGCGUUACGUCCGAAAAAUUGCAUUGCCGGGUUGUGUAAGCCACGUAUCAAUAAAUGGAGAAAGACAGCACUGUGGUUUUGGCCACCGAGAAAUACGGCUCUAAUGAAUCAUGGGAAUACAUUGUAAAGGAUGGAGUGAUGGAGAGAAAAAGAAACGGCAGCGAAUGUGGAUCGGGAGGGAAUUCCAUUAUUGGCGUGUUCAAAAGCGUCUUCCUGCCGCAGGGUUACCCAGAGAGCGUCAGUGACGAUUACCUGCACUACCAGUUCUGGGAUACUGUACAGGCCUUCUCAAGCUCUCUGUCAGGGACUCUUGCCACUCAAGCUUCUCUCAGAGGGGUUGGUGUUGGAAAUCCAGAGGCGACAGUAGCUGCUGCCACAGUCACUUGGUUAUUGCGAGAUGGAACUGGGAUGUUGGGAAGAAUCCUUUUUGCCUGGCAGAAAGGGAGUCAACUGGACUCAGAAGCAAAAAAAUGGAGGCUUUUUGCUGAUGUGCUCAAUGACAUUGCCAUGUUCAUGGAGAUUUUGGCUCCAAACAUUCCUUCCUGUUUCACUUUGAUUGUGUGCACUGCAGGGAUAUUUAAGUCCAUUGUUGGAGUUGCCGGCGGGGCAACCAGAGCUGCCUUGACAGUUCAUCAAGCUCGUAGAGACAAUAUGGCUGACAUCUCUGCCAAGGAUGGAAGCCAGGAGACUUUGGUGAAUCUGGCUGGACUACUGGUCAGUUUGAUACUUAUUCCUCUGGUCACCGACAAGCCAGUGCUCACAGUCAUCCUCUUCUUCCUCUUCACCAUACUGCACCUCUUCGCCAAUUACAAAGCAGUACGUUCUGUUGUCAUGGCAACCUUUAAUGAAGCCCGGCUUUCAAUUGUGCUGCACCAGUACCUGAGGGAUGGACAGAUCCUUAGUCCUUUGGAGGGUAAUCAGAAAGAACCAGUGUUCCUGGAAUUAAGAAAAAAGGUGCCAGUUAGACUUGGAGUGAGACUACAAGACCUUGUACAAAACAAAGACGAGUUUAAUCUGGCCUUAAAGCAAACCAGCAUGCCUUACCUCUUAGGAGUGAAAAAUGGCUGUGUGCGUGUUUGCUUGGGACAGGAAGCAUCCACACAUGAUGAGAUCAGAGCAGCGUGCCAAGCUCUUUGUCUCGGCAGUGUGUUGCAUCACGCGACGCCGAUGAGUGGAGUUCCAGAGAAACUUCUGAUGCUCCAGAGCCAAAGUCCCUGGGAAAUGGUGUUUAAGAGCUACAAUCUUAUGGACCAAAUUUUCAAUCCAUUUCUCAAGGGUGUGGAAGCUGCUGGAUGGCAGACUAAUCGAACUCUUCUGAACUGGGAUGAAUGGAGGGUUGAGUGGAAAACAAAGACAAGUUAAAACUACAUCCAAAUCAAGAUUCUGUCUAAUUCUUGUCUAAUGUCAGCGUGUAAUGUUCUCUAAAUCCAGCCAAAGACAUUCCCAAGAAUUCAUAACUGUGUAAUUUCUAAUAUUCACAAAAUGCAAAAUUGAGAGCAGGAGGGUUCAGGUCAAUGACAAAAUGGCAGCAUUUCUGGUUUGAAUUCCUGUGUUACUUCCGGCUUGGUCGGGCGUCCCUACAGACACAAUGCGCUCUUUGCACAAUCAUUUCCGCAUUCUACCUAAUACUGCUUGUGUGUUUCCUGUUUAUCGAUGGCGCUGUUAUACACCCGCUCUUUGCAGGAGCUCCCAAAGCUCAAAGUAACAAAUGUCCACUGAAUUUGCCAGCAAACAACACUAACACCAACCAGCAAAUUGGACAAGGGCUUUAGGUUGUAUGCUGCAUCCUACAUUCACAAUUACGAAGGUAAGAAAGCAACUAUUAAUGAGUUAGUAAGUGCAAGGACAACUACUUGUUUCUGGGAUGCAGUGGUGCGACUUCCUCGUGUGGGCGCAGGAGGACUACCUUGUGCAACGAAUACGCAAUGAUCCAGAAGUGCAAAGAACAAUCCAAGAAAAGGCCGACCAUUUCUUUUUCUACAUAUACAUGCCAAAAUACCUGUCUUUGAAAAAGUAACAAUGAUAUACAUAUGUACAGUUGUAGCGUGGUUCUCUGCGUUGUGUGGUUUGUUGGUGUGACUGACGACGCUAUGACGACCAGGUAGAUGAUAUCGUAUUUAUUGCCAUCAGGGCCUGUAUGAAAACAGUACACAGCAGUGAAUAUACAGGUCUCCUUCCGCAUACAGUGCCCACAGCCAUCUCUUUCAAAGUCCAGAGCGAAAGGGCUACCCGUCUCCCACCAGAUCAAUUACAAAAUCCUGGUUCUUACUUAUAAAGCCCUUCACAAACUGGCUCCCCCAUACCUCACUGACCUCCUGUCUCCCUACCAACCCUCUCAGUCCCUCAGAUCCACCUCAGCCUCACUUCUCUCUACCCCCACGUCCAGCCUCCAUGGCUUUGGUGACCGAGCCUUCUCCAGGGCAGCUCCCAGGCUCUGGAACUCACUCCCUCAAGAAUUCCUCCCACUCUUCCAAUCCCGUCUCAAGACACACUUUUUCUCCAUUGCCUUCUCGUGCCCCCCCUGUCCUCAGCGCUCGACCUGCCCCCUCCCUCAAAUCCCUCCCUAAUUCCCUCCCCAAACGCAUCAGACACUGCUGCAGGCUGCCCACAUUCAGGUCAUUGGUCGGGACUCACCUCUUCAGACUCCAUCUGUGAUUUAUGUGAUUUAUGAUGUUUGUCUUUCUUUCCCUCUUGUAUCUGUCCAAGCCGGAGAGUACUGCUGGCAUCGUGUGUGGCUGCCGCUUCUCCCUCUUGUAGCCCCCCCUUCUCAUCCACCCCUGUAUGUCUGUGUUAUGUUUAUCUGUCGUCUUGUUUCACCCCGUUUAUUGUAAAGCGACUUUGAGUAUUCGAAAAGCGCUAUAUAAUUUUAAUUUUAUUAUUAUUACAUGUAAAUAAAGAGACCCUGUACAAAAGGAUGGACAGACAAGUACAUUUAUUUACAGGGGUGA